AUGUCUCAUCAGUUACAGUUUUGGGUAUGUUAUAAACAUAGAAAUAAUUCAGCAUGCUGUUUUGGACCGCCAGGAUUGAAAGGAUAUCCAGGUCAUCCCUCAUCGGACGGAAUCGAUGGUGUCCCCGUCAGGUCAGGAUUCCGAACAUUAUUACUUUUUUGCAGGAGAAUCGGUCCACCUGGUGAAAAAGGUGAGCGCGGCCUUCGAGGACGUCCUGGCACUGCUGGUGUGCCCGCUCCUCCAUCACCGAUUGGUGCUCCGGGGGAGCCUGGAGAAAAGGGUUUCCGAGGACUAACAGGGCCACCUGGUGAAUCAGGCGAACCGGGAAAAGUUUAUACAGCCAAUGGACCGCCAGGGAAAGAGGGCGAACCGGGACCACGUGGUCCACCAGGUGAAAAAGGACAGCCGGGACGAGAUGGUGAUAACGGAAUCGAAGGUCCGCGAGGAGAACGCGGUUUUCCCGGUCUCAAAGGCGAGAAGGGACCACGUGGCGCAGUCGGCCCUCCUGGGCCACCAGGACCACGAGGACCUGCAUGGCCUUGCCAAAGUUGUCCUCCGCCACGUGUGUCGCCGGGUUACUAUAAGAAGUCUGUUAAGACCUGA